GUGCGAUCUUUGAUUAAUGUGCCUGAAUUUGCCCCACUCGAUUGCCGCAUGCAAUUUGAUAAAAAUGAUAUCCAGUUACUCGUCGAGAAUCACAACUGAUGCUUGUUUGACUUGUCCAGAUAUUCAAACAAUACAUGGUUGUUGGAUUUCCCUAAUAAAAAACCACAUUUAAUGUCUGUUUCACUACACCUCGAUUUAUAAGCUGACGUUUCCAAAUCGUCACGUUCAAAAUCGAGGUGCCUGACUAGAGACCACUUGGUUGACUUUGUUAACCCCUCCUCUUUCUCGUCACAUUAUCAAAUUUGUAAGGCUAGCUUGGCCCAAUAUCCAAACUUUGACUACCUCACCUUCCAAGAACCACUGAAAAGAGAAAAGAAAAACUACUGCCACCAUGGCGGCCGAAGAUGACUGGCAGGGUGUCGAAAACGACAUUUCAGACCCGGAAGAGCUUCGAGUCAUCUAUCAGGCUCUGGACUCCUUUUUCCGGUACGCAAAAGUGGCACAUUUCAACUGCACCCACCUGCGGCGGCAGUCCUUCUACGCCCUGCCACAGGCCCACUGGAAGCUGCUUGCCUCCCCUCCCUUCAACUACCUCAACACUCUCGAGAGGGUCGAUGAGGCCAUCGACACAAAUGCCGAGCUGGCCCGCGCCAUCGCAGAGGCCGGCAUCGCGUCCUUCCACAUGCAGGAGUCCAGGACGUCGUUUGACGGCAUCGCCAAGGCCAACGACAUCGACAAGGCCAGGAGCACGCUGAGGCAGUUCUACCGCGACUGGUCCGCCGAGGGCCGUCCCGAGAGGGAGGCCAGCUACGGCCCCGUCAAGCAGUACCUGCAGCACAUGGAGCAGGUCCGGAUCCAGGAGUGGUUUGGCCCGUCGCCGCCCAGCCCGCUACCCUCCCUACCCCCGCUCAAGGUCCUCGUCCCCGGCGCCGGGCUGGGCAGGCUGGUGUUUGACCUGUGCGAUCUGGGGUACGAGGUCGAGGGAAACGAGAUAUCCUACCACCAGCUGCUCGCGUCGUCGUACGUACUCAACCGCGCCCCGGCCGCCCGCCAGCACACCAUCUACCCCUGGGUGCAGUCCUUUAGCAACCACGCCAGCCGCGCCAACCAGUUCCGGUCCUACGCCGUCCCGGACGUGCACCCAGCCACGCAGCUCGCGACGCCCACAAAGGCCGGCGGGAGCAUGUCCAUGUCGGCGGCCGACUUUUUGUGCCUGUACGAGCAGGAGGCGCAGCGGGAGCGGUUCGACGCCGUCGCGAGCGUCUUCUUCCUCGACACGGCCCCGAACUUGAUCCGCUACAUCGAGGCCAUCCGCAACUGCCUCCGGCCCGGCGGCGUGCUCAUCAACGUUGGCCCCCUGCUGUGGCACUUUGAGGACAACGCGCCGGGAAACCACGGAAGGGAUGACGACGGCGACGGCGAGCACGACCCCAACGCCUCUAGCGGCAUCGCGGACCCGGGGAGCUUCGAGCUGACGGACGACGAGGUCAUUGCGCUCGUCGAGAGGCUCGGGUUCGAGAUGGUCAGGAAGAAUCCCAUGCCCAUCGAGGCGCCGUACAUUCAGGACCGAGAGAGCAUGUUGAGGACCGUGUACAGGGCGAGUUCGUGGGUUGCCAAGAAGAAGAUUGGAUGGGUGAGUGAUGUUUGAGAUUUAUGGUGUCGUGGGGGGUUUGCGUUUUGCAUCUUGUCAGUCGAGGCAUGGAACAUAGAUGGGAGUGUUGGUGAAGCAUAAAAAGGGGAUUUAUUUUCUUCGUGUCUUCUAUCAAUCUUUGAUCCGUCCAGGAUAGAUUCGAUGAUAUCGUUAAUAGCAUAUGCGCAUACCCAAGUAAGUAACCUCGUACAGUUUUCAACGUACAAAACCGGUCAGCACCAAAACCAAUUUCAUCAAAACCAGUCCCUGUCCCCCGAACAUAAAAAAAAAAAAAAGAGCCACUCCCCAUCACACCCUCCACAAAAUCACAGCUUCGCCUCGAGCAUCAGCUCCCCG